GGCAGCGCGGCAGGCCCGGCGGGCGGCGGCAGCGGCGAAGGCCGCAGCAGCGGGUCCUAGGAGCAGAACGACGCGGGAGGCGGCGGGGGGCCGGUAGCUAAGGUCCUGGGCCCCGCGGCGGCGGCGACAGCAGCGGCGGCGGCGGCAGGAUGAUCAAGCUGUUCUCGCUGAAGCAGCAGAAGAAGGAGGAGGAGUCGGCUGGCGGCACCAAGGGCAGCAGCAAGAAGGCGUCGGCAGCGCAGCUGCGGAUCCAGAAGGAUAUAAACGAACUAAACCUGCCCAAAACGUGUGACAUCAGCUUCUCAGAUCCAGACGACCUCCUCAACUUCAAGCUGGUUAUCUCUCCUGAUGAGGGCUUUUACAAGAGUGGAAAGUUUGUGUUCAGUUUUAAGGUAGGCCAGGGUUACCCACAUGACCCCCCCAAGGUGAAGUGUGAGACGAUGGUUUAUCACCCUAACAUUGACCUCGAGGGCAACGUCUGCCUCAACAUCCUCAGAGAGGACUGGAAGCCAGUCCUUACGAUAAACUCCAUAAUUUAUGGCCUGCAGUAUCUCUUCUUGGAGCCCAACCCCGAGGACCCACUGAACAAGGAGGCUGCCGAGGUCCUGCAAAACAACCGGCGGCUGUUCGAGCAAAAUGUGCAGCGCUCCAUGAGAGGUGGCUACAUCGGCUCCACCUAUUUCGAGCGCUGCCUGAAAUAGGGUCGGCGCAUACACACCCCGCCAGGGCCACCAGCCCAGGCAUCCCCUGCAGAUAUUUAUUGGGGGACACGGGAGGUGGGUGGGAAAUGGCCAGUGGAGGAAUACCUGCCUUGGCCUUGCCUCCCCUCCUUGCCACCUGCCCCUAGGUAUUUUUUUUUUAACCACCACAUGAAUCCGGUUGGCACUUCCUCCCCUGACCAGCUCAGUGAUGGGAAAUGAAUUGGCUUGUCUAGCACCCCCCCCACACUGGGUACUUUUCUAGCCCCGACUCUGGGCUGUGGGGUGUGAAGGCCAGGGGCCUGGGUAGCUGGGCCCAGGCAACCCCCCCCCCUUUCCACCACCGGAGGUCAUAGCAGUCUAUUAAAGGGGAAUGUUACUGCA